GGGGACGUGGAAGAGGGCGUGGCGGAGGGCGUGGUGGUGGGCGUGGCAGGGGUAGAGGCAGGGGCGGAAGAGGGGGGAUGAGUUUCAAGGCUGCGUUGACCUCUGACCAAUCGGCCAAGAACACCAAUGCACACAUGGGUCUGAAGUACGACCUGCCUCUCUUGAACCGUUACCGUACCGCUCUGGACACAGCAGUAAAGAUCGCGACCUGCUACAACGUCGCCCCGAUCAAGGGGACCACUGUCAUCGCCAUGGCGAUGAACGACGAGAUGGAGAUGGCCUGUACUGCCGCACGGGGCCUCGGCAAGCCUAGAACUCUGACGGAGGUAGGGCUGCUGUUGGGCCUGAUGUGUAAACAUGCCUGUGAGGAGUCCAGCAUGCACCUGGUGUCAGCUGGUCAUCAUCGGGCGGUCAGUCUGGAGACAGGGUCCAUCCUGGAGAACGUGGAGAGGCUCAAGGGGCUCACACAGUUGAUGUCUCAGAGGUCCUCUACUGGCGUUCCCAUAGAGUUCCUGACAGAUAUGCUCAAGAACAGGGUCCAGCUGGACAAUCUCUUGGUCCUGUGGAAUGGCAAGUACAACAAUGCCAGCCUGAAUGUGAAGCUUAACAACUUUCUGGAGAAGUACCGUCGUUACGUCAACCCCAACCUGCUGUUUGUAACGGUGGAUCUCAGCGGGAGGUCCUGUGGGAUUGUGGACCAGGAAACACAUCCCAACGAUAUCCACAUUGCUGGGUACAGCGACCAGAUUCUCAGGUUUAUAGCAGAGAGAGGUAGCGGUGCCCAGCUGACCCAUGUGGAGAACAUUGACCAGGCUUACAACCUGAAACCUGUGCCUACUGCAGCCAUCUCCAGAUCUACUGCAGCUGCACAAGAACUGCAGACUACUGCAGAUUUGUCUGUGGCUCGACCGCUGACCGUUCCAAAGUGGAGAACUGCUCGUGUGUUCAUCUCCUCCACAUUCCGUGACAUGCACGGGGAGAGGGACCUGCUGACACGGUUUGUCUUCCCAGAACUGCGGGCACGUGCUGCAGAGAGGUUUGUCCAUAUCCAUGAGGUUGAUCUACGCUGGGGUAUAACAGAGGAGGAGUCUCGUAGUGAGAAGUCCAUUGAGAUCUGUCUGAGCGAGGUCUCGCGCUGUCAGUUCUUCCUGGGGAUCCUGGGAGAACGAUACGGCUGGGUACCGGACAACUACGUCGCUCCAGACACGCCAGAGUUUGAUUGGCUGAAGACAUAUCCAGCAGGACGUUCCAUGACAGAGCUGGAAAUCUACCAUGCUGCCCUGUCCGACCCGACGGCUGCGCAGGGGAAGGCUUUCUUCUACUUCCGUGACAAUUCAUUCCAGAGUGAAGUUGGUGGAAAACAUCGAGAGAGUUUCAUCGCAGAGUCUUCCUCCGCUGAGGAAAAGAUGGCGAAGUUAAAAAACAGGAUUCGAAAAAGCGGGCUGGAGGUGCAUGAUGGGUAUCCCUGCAGCUGGGGAGGAGUGGUGGAUGAUGGGAAGGCGAUGGUGUCUUGGACUGGAAGAGUUCGGAAUGAGGGUGCUGAACAACCUGUGGAACGCUGUGGUCAGGGAGUUUCCUCUAGAAGAGUCUACUGAUGACAGUAACAAUGAGACCAGUCUUCACAAGGCCUUCUGUCUGGAGGAGGCAGGGAGGUUUGUGGGAAGGGACAAACUCCUGAAGCAGUGUGCUGCAGAGAUCUCUCUGUGCAAGAAUGGUACCUUGGUGCUUGUAGGAAAGUCAGGUAGUGGUAAGACCUCGCUGGUAGCCAGACUUGUGGAGCAGUAUGUGGAAUCAGACAGCUGCUCGUCUCCAGAGUGUGUCCUGUUACACUUCGUGGGCGCGGCUCC